AGGAGCUGCCUUGUUCACCGCCGCCUGAAAACAAGAACGAGGGAGGCAGCGUUUUAGGGUGGCAUUUUGGGUUCAUAGGGCCAAAAAACAUCUUCUUUAUCAGAAAAUUUCUGCUUUUUCUCUUAUAUAUAUUGCCUAAUCCGCUCAAUAUUAUCCAUUCGUUGCUUGAUUGAGUCAUUGUUAACCCAAACAGAGUCAUAUUUCUCUCUUUGUUUUGGGGGCUAUAAAGAGCAGAAACCUCGACGUCUAUACAUAUACACACAUAGAUAAAGGGAGAGAUAUAGAGAUAUAGCGAGAUUGCAGAAAAGCAGUGACAGAAGAACCUUGUAAACCCCGUCAUUGUGAACAAGGACCAGCGAAGAGGCUAGUUUCUUGCAGAAGAAUGAAGUACGUGUUGGUGACCGGUGGUGUUGUGAGUGGACUUGGGAAAGGAGUUACUGCUAGCAGUAUUGGAGUCCUUCUUAAGGCCUGUGGUCUUCGGGUCACUUCUAUUAAGAUUGAUCCCUACCUAAACACUGAUGCUGGAACAAUGUCUCCUUUUGAACAUGGGGAGGUGUUUGUCUUAGAUGAUGGUGGUGAGGUUGACCUUGAUCUUGGCAACUAUGAGCGUUUUUUGGACAUAAAGCUAACCCGUGAUAAUAAUAUUACUACUGGAAAAAUUUUCCAGUCUGUUAUCGAAAAGGAAAGAAGAGGUGAUUAUCUUGGAAAGACUGUCCAGGUUGUUCCUCAUAUAACAGAUGCAAUCCAAGAGUGGAUAGAGCGUGUAGCAAAGACACCAGUUGAUGGAAAAGAAGGACCAGCUGAUGUCUGUGUCAUUGAGUUAGGUGGAACUAUAGGUGAUAUUGAAUCCAUGCCUUUUAUUGAGGCACUUGGCCAAUUUUCGUAUCGUGUAGGCCCUGGAAACUUUUGUUUGGUUCAUGUCAGCUUGGUGCCUGUUCUCAAUGUUGUUGGUGAACAGAAAACAAAGCCAACCCAGCACAGUGUCCGUCAACUUAGGGGAUUAGGAUUGACUCCUAAUAUUCUAGCUUGCCGUAGUUCAAAGGAACUUGAGGACAAUGUUAAAGCAAAACUUUCUCAAUUCUGCCAUGUGCCGUUAUCAAAUAUUGUUACCCUGCAUGAUGUUCCAAAUAUUUGGCAUAUUCCUUUGCUAUUGAAAGAUCAGAACGCGCAUGAAGCGAUCUUGAAAGCACUAAACCUUCUAGGUGAUGCUACAGAGCCUAACAUGCUGGAAUGGACCACUAAGACUAAAGUUUAUGCCAAAUUGCGCGAAGCUGUUAGAAUUGCAAUGGUGGGAAAGUAUACUGGCCUUUCAGAUGCAUAUCUUUCUGUUUUGAAGGCACUUUUGCAUGCUUCUGUUGACCAAAAUCGUAAACUUGUUGUGGACUGGGUUCCAGCUGGUGAUCUUGAAGAUGUCAGUUCUAAAGAGACUCCAGAUGCAUAUAAAGCUGCUUGGGAUCUUUUGAAGGGUGCUGAUGGAAUUCUAGUUCCAGGAGGUUUUGGUGAUAGAGGAGUGCAGGGGAAAAUUCUUGCUACUAAGUAUGCUCGAGAAAACAAUGUACCAUUUCUUGGUAUUUGCUUGGGGAUGCAAAUUGCUGUCAUCGAAUUUGCACGGUCUGUUUUGGGUGUGCAUGAUGCUACUAGUACAGAGUUUGAUCCUGAAACCAAGAGCCCUUGUGUCAUAUUUAUGCCAGAGGGUUCAAAGACUUAUAUGGGAGGAACUAUGCGUCUUGGUUCACGAAGGACUUACUUCCAAGUUGCCAACUGCAAAUCUGUGAAGUUGUACGGCAAUGUGAGCUAUAUUGAUGAGCGGCAUCGUCACAGAUAUGAGGUUAAUCCCGACAUGAUAUCACAGCUAGAGAAUGCUGGUCUAUCUUUUGUUGGCAAAGAUGAAACCGGGAAGCGCAUGGAGAUAGUUGAACUGCCUAGUCAUCCUUUCUUCAUUGGCGUCCAGUUUCACCCUGAGUUCAAGUCUAGACCAGGGAAACCUUCUCCACCCUUUCUAGGAUUAAUAGCUGCAGCGUGUGAAAUGAGGACAACAGUUCUGCCAACAAAUGGUUUCGUCCAUAAGUUAUCUAAUGGGGUAUGCAAUGGACACUUACCAAAGACAAAAGCAAAUCUUCACAACGGAAACAUGUUAAAACCUUCCAAUGGUGCCUUAAACGGCGUGUAUACCAACGGCAAUGGUAGAUACGUCGAUGGGAGUUGGUAAUUGUCCUGUGUUUGCCGCUUCUUACCUGUAGGACGUUAAUCCGGUUGUCCUCGGUUACUCUGUACAGUUACUGAGUGGGGUUAGUUGUUUUAACUCUCAAGGAGAUUUUAUCUAAAGCAUGAAACAGAGUUUUUCUAACAGCUUUGGAGUCUUUAAUUGACCGGGUGAAGGUAAAAAUUCCUCCUUCAACUGAAAGUGUCUUCUUUUCUGAGUGGCUAUUGUUGGCCUUAGAGAGAAUGUACGCAGUCCUAGAUAUAAUGUUGUGAGAACUAUGAAAUUUGGAUUUUGCUGUUUAAUGCUAUUUUUUUCACAAGGAAAAUGAAAUGAUAUAUCUGAGUUCUCAGGA